AAAAUAUACAACAAUUCUCUCUCACCGCUUUCCACUCAUUUUUUGACAUAAGCAAGAAAGAAAGAAAGCAAAAGUAGAAAUAAAGAGAGAGAGAGAGUGUGUGUGUCAGUAGGUAAGCAAAAGUUAAGAGUGAUAGAUAUAGAUAGAUAUAUAGAUCGAUCGGCGGUUAUGGCUUCUUCAACUGAACGUGAAACUUUCAUUUACGUCGCUAAGCUCGCUGAGCAAGCCGAGCGUUAUGACGAAAUGGUAGAUGCUAUGAAGAAGGUAGCAAAGUUGGACGUUGAAUUGACUGUUGAAGAGAGGAACUUGCUCUCAGUUGGGUACAAGAAUGUAGUGGGUUCACGAAGGGCGUCGUGGAGAAUAUUGUCCUCAAUUGAGCAGAAGGAGGAAUCAAGGGGCAAUGAAGUGAAUGUUAAGCGGAUUAAGGAAUAUAGGCAGAAGGUUGAAACAGAAUUGAAUGAAAUUUGCGGUGACAUCAUGGUUGUGAUUGAUGAGCAUCUGAUUCCAUCAUCAUCUGCUGGAGAAUCUACCGUUUUUUACUACAAAAUGAAAGGAGAUUAUUACAGGUAUCUCGCUGAGUUCAAGUCUGGCAAUGAUAAGAAAGAGGCAGCCGAUCAGUCACUUAAGGCUUAUCAAUUGGCUUCUACCACUGCCGAAGCUGAUCUAUCUCCUACUCACCCCAUCCGUUUGGGUUUGGCUUUGAACUUCUCUGUGUUCUAUUAUGAAAUUAUGAACUCUCCUGAAAGGGCCUGCCACCUGGCAAAACAAGCUUUUGAUGAAGCUAUCUCGGAGCUUGAUUCCCUGAGUGAAGAAUCCUACAAAGAUAGCACUUUAAUUAUGCAGCUCCUCAGGGACAACCUUACUUUGUGGACUUCGGACAUUCCAGAGGAUGGAGAAGACCAAAAAAUGGAGAUAACCAAAUCUGGUGCAGAAGAUGCAGAAUAAAAUUGUAUGACGGUGGCCUUGUACCCUUCGACAAUUGGACUAUGAAAGGAUGGUGUAUGUUAUAUGUAAGCUUGAUUAUUAAAGCAGUGAUUUCAAAAUUAUUUUAGAUUCUGUUUGUUUUGGCUCUUGGUUUAAUGGUUUUGGAGUCGCUUAUUCAUUCAAGACAUCUAUCAAUUCAGAUUGCUUCUCUUCUUCUUCUU